AUGAGGUUUUUAAAGGGAGUCAACGCGCUAGCAUUGACUCGAAAGCUCAGAGGAGCUGAUCAUUUAAAAGCAUCCCACCGCAGGACUCACAUAAAGGACACUCUUGGUCUCAGCAAUUUUACUCCGGCAAACAUCUGUAGCGUCGAUGAGGCUAAUAUGGCACAAUCUACCCCAUCCCCUCCCUGGUAA